AUGAUAUGGCUACAACACCGUCUGGUAUUCCCCGUCAGGCCGGAGAACAUCUCCAUGACAUGGCAUCACAUGACUCACUUUGCCAGUUACGACUGCCUAUGCAGCUUCAGAGUAACCGAGGAGGAGGUUUUAUUCAGGCUUGAACGAUUGGAUGCUGGAAAGGGAGCUGGCCAUGACAAUAUUCCUCCGUCUUUACGCAAGUACUGCCGUUAUCUCCUUGCAAAGCCUCUAUAUCGGGUGGCAGCUAUAGACCAUGGGCUGUUCAGCUUCAUUGAUGUACGUCACAGGGAGUGGCCUAUUGCAUUAGUCACAAACCCCAAACAUGCUCUUUUCUACGUACCAGGGAGAGAACCUGAACACAUCUCUGCCUCAUCUACUCAUGUCAGGGUUCUAGCAUUUUCAACAGCAGAAAUAACAAGUGUUAAGAUGAAAAUAGAUGAAGAAGAAUGGCAAACUUGUUAUCAUAUAAAGGGCCCUUUGUAUGUAAAUAGUUGGGACCCUAAAUUGUACUUAAAGGGCCUUCAUCAUAUUAAGGUGGAAGUGUCGGAUGGAGCAGGCAGAACGAGCUUGUACGAACAGCCAUUCUCUUUGGACGGAACAAGACCCAAUUAUUUAAUCUUCCCCAGGAUUCUUCUUAUGAUGAACAUGACAACUAUUUUGCAGGUGCUGUUUGGUAUAGCAGUUGCAAUUUGUGUGUUGCCCCUCAGUCUUUUGAAGAUUCUUCUGAGCAGAAUAAGAGGAGGUGAUAGACACAUUCCCACUGCCACUGAUUGUUGUAUCGGUCGAUGUUAUCGCAGGCUGUGGAUCCUAGCCAACCUUGACAGCUUUUUCUACCCUCUCAUUCUCUACCCUAUUUAUAUAUGUUUUGGACCCUGGACCAUUGGUGAAAUAAUCGAUGAUGUUAUCGGUGUGAUAUUCGCAUGGGGAACAUUUGUCAAUGGUGCAUACCUUCCUGGUUCAUUUACUUAUGCAUAUGGAUUGUUCCAGAUGAUAAUAUUUCAAAUUCCCCUCACUUUGGCCCUGGCACAGAAGCUUGAACAAAGGUUGUUUCCUCCUCCGCUCUCAAUGCCUGACUGCAGGCUCUGGGCCCUGUUCAAAUACUGGUGGGCAGACAUAGUCCUCUAUGUCAUCUUCCUGCUGCAGCUACUCUUUCUCUACUUCUUCUGGCUCUCGUAUGGCUUCCUAGCGACCUUACUGGGUCCCUUCCGCACGUGGCCACUCGUCAUCUGCGUCUUCCUGUGGCGGCGGGUCCAUCACACACCUGUACACACUAUCAAGGAACUGGCAGAGAUCUUUCAAGAAGCCACUAUCGGUUCAACACGAUUAAAGCCCUAUCACAGCAUUUAGAAAAUAUACAAACAAUUACUUUACCAAAUAUGACAAAUUUUGAAAAUAUUUUCGUUAUUUCUAAUGUUGACUAUCGUCAGAUUGUAAAACUGUUAUUAAAUAAAACAUCAGUACACAUUUUAUAAGAAAGUAUUAUGAUAGAAUAGUUUCGGUAUGACAGUGUAUUUAUCUAUUUUAUCAUUAAUUUUAAUUUUAUUUUCAAUCAGUUAUCAAUUAUGUGAUACCAUAAUUUAUAGUAUAAUAUUGACAUUAAUUUUCCAUUUGUAUUUCUCUUAAUUUAUAGCAUGUUAACAUUAAUGUAAUAUAACCUAUUGUACAUAAAUAUGUAGAUUAAAUUUGAGGAACAGAACAGUGUGAUACAUUACAGUAAGUUAAACCAGAAUAUUUUCUUGAAUAUGUUUAAUAAAUAGCUAAGAACAUAAUUAAGGCGAACUUUAAAUUAAUUACCAGUCUUCCACUAACCAAAUUUGGUAUGAAACGUUUCUUGUUUAUGUUUAUACUUACCAGAUAAUGACUCUUCCACUUCUGUAAGGCAUUCGACUGUGUUUAUCAUCCUUACUUUACUUUCAUCAAACUCAAAUGGGUGGAUUUUUCUCUUGCUUUUGUUAACAGGAUCAAAUCUUACCUUUCUGAAUGCCAACAGUGCAUGAGAACGAGAGAUGGGUACUCAUCAUGGAGAACUGUCUCCACCUGGACUCUUUGCUUUGUCCAUUACUGUUCUCACUUUAUAUAAAUGAUAUGACAACAGUAAUAAGUCAUUCUUAACUUCACUUAUAUGCUGAUUACUUACAAAUUUUACACAUACUUUUCACCAAACAACAUAAACGUUGCUGUAACUUUAAUGAAUAGCGGCAUUGAUGCAAUUAGGUAAUGAAUUUCAGACAUGGACUCAAACUUAAUCAAAGCAGAACUCAGACCAUACUUAUCGGCUACUCCAGAAUCCUUAGUUAAAUCUACAUGAUUACUGCAUCAAAACUUGAACUCAACAAUAAAGAACUUGAAUAUUGUGAUAAAUUUAAGAAUCUUGGACUAUUUAUGACAAAACACGUGGGUUGGGCUGAUCAGAAUGUUGCAACAUGUAAUAAAAGAGUCUUUGCUGGUAUUCAUAGUCUCAAACCUUUUACUUUAUUUUUACCCUUGAACGUAAAAAUUAUGCUGGUAAAGACCCUUAUUAUGCCGCAUUUUAAUUACUGCGACGUUGUGUACAGUGAUAUGAGUGUUGAGCUUUUGAAUAGACUACAAAGAGCUCAAAAAUAUUGCAUAAAAUUUAUUUUAAAUUUAAGACAUUGUGAUCAUGAAACUCCUUUAUUUCAACAACUAUCCAUAACGAAAUUAUAAGAACUCUGGCACUAUUACAUCUUGUUCUUUUACAUUCUAUAUGCACUACUAAAUUCUACUUGUCUGUCCAAAAGAUUUCGUUUCAUUUCCAGAAUCAGUGAAUGGUCUAAUUUAUUGUAGGCAGCAUCUCUUCUACCCAUUAUUCCAGCUUCUUAAUAAAUCGUUCACUGUUACUAUAUAGACUAUAGAAUGCUCUUCCUGAUGACAUCAGCAAUUUUGUAAUGCAUUCUCGUUUCAGGACAGGGGUUGAGGAAAUGUUGUGUGAGCGAUAGGUGUGAUGUGGUGUGGGUAGCAUAAUUCAGGGCAAAUAUGUGAAUGAUUUAAAUAGAAGGUUUAUGAAUUUAUGAUUACUCAUUUUAAAUUCAUUAUGUUGUAAAAUUUCUUUAAUUUACAACUAUGCUUUUUUCCACUACAAUACAUACUGACCUUACGUUAAAUAUUAUUAUUUUAAGUUGUGUUGUCAAUGAGCUAUUUAUAUUUAUGUUAUUUUGUACAAUUAUCAGGUUCUAUCAAUUAAUUUCUAUUGUUUUUUUUUUAAUAUGAUAAAUUUUACUGAGGUUAAUGAGAAGAGAGAACUCCAUAGUCCUAACAUAACCACGAAUAAAGCAAAGUUUCAUGUACUUCAUUCAUUCAUUAAUUAUUUAUUUCUUCCACAUUCAUGUACAUGAAAUAUGUAUUACAUAAUAUUUUGAACCAAACUAUUUGGAAUUUUUACUAACGAAUUUUUAUAAACAUUAUAAUUAUGUUGUAAGUGCAUUAGUUCGUUCAAAGCUUUCAAGUGUAUUGAGAAAGAAUUAUUAAUUCAUUUUAAAAAAUGUAAUAAGUUUUAGUGAUGCUACAUUUGUUGCUUAACCUUGGCUCUAAAUAUAGUUGUAUAGUUAGUUGUGAUGUUUGCUCGCCUUUAAUAUUGUAUACAAUUAAGAUUGUGGGAUUUUUCAAGCAAGGUACUUUUUUUAGUUUUAAUGCGUUACUAUACAUUACAAGUAGAGUGAUAUUGAAUCUAGUACUUUCUAUAUGGAGUACACUAAUUGUAUAUUUAUUACAUGCAAUAAUAUUUAUAGUUACUACAAUCCGGUUCAUCCAUAUUUCACCAGAAUCGGAUUCGGUGCCAUUUACUGGAGUUUAUACAAGCAAACGUGUUUUGAAACAUUAUUGAAAUUAGUUAUAUCAUCCAUGACUUUGUUAGGAAUAAGAAAUUAUUAUAAACACAUAAUUAUGUUAAAGAGUGAAAAAUAUCUGAAAUCAGAUAUUUAAAUAAUAAUAGUAAGUAUCAUAUCUCCUAAACGUUACUUCAGAAUGUUCAGAUAGAUUUACAAUUAUUGAGAAAAUGAGUAUUUGUGUAUUAUUUAAGAUUUUAUCUCAAGAUAUUAAUGUUGAAUGCUCAGGUGUUUUGCACAACUGUCCCUGCCUUGCCAAAACUCUUGUUACAUGUAAAACUGGUCUAAAUGUGCCCUUGGCAUUCAUUCAUUGAAAAAAGUCAUAGUAAACAAAAUUCAAGUACAACUCAAUUGUUGAUUUCCAAAUUGUUAUUUAGAGGGAGGGCAUUGUUAUCCAGUUCAAGUGAGGUAAUUUUAAUUGUAUUAAAAUAUCAAUAAUAGUUUGAUAGAAUAACCCUUUACCAAACUAACAAAAAGACGCCAAAGAAAUACUGAUAUGUGAAUAUAUACGUGAAAUACGUUUUAUUGUUUUCUUUAAUCAUAAUCAUCGACUUCUUAUAUUUAAUUAUUUAUUUAUCUGAAAUUGUAUAUAACAGUGUAUAUUUUGUAUGUAUUUACUGAUCAAUUGUAUUUAUAAUUGUUGAUCAGCACAAUUUGUAUACAAUUUUGUAAAUAGUACUGAAUAGUAAAACGGUCCUCUAAAAUAA